AUGGAUUACCUCGGCAAGAAGUACAAAAUGGUGUCGUCUGAAAAUUUCGACGAUUUCAUGUGCGCUCUUGGCGUAGGCUUCAUCACUAGGAUGGCAGCGAACGCCAUCAGCCCAACCGUCGAGUUCAAGAAAGAUGGAGACUUCUACAUCCUCGUAACAUCAUCCACAUUCAAAACUACAGAAUCCAAGUUCAUUCUUGGAGAAGAAUGUAUAGAAGAGAGAGCAGACGGUGUCGAAGUGAAGUCGGUGUAUACUCUAGAAGGAAAUGUACUGAAACAAGUCCAGAGAGAUGUUGACGGGAUGGAGGUGAUAUAUAUUAGGGAGUUUGGACCUGAAGAGAUGACGGCUAUAAUGAAAGUUAAGGACGUGACUUGCACCAGGGUGUACAAGGUGGUCACAUAG